AUGCAAACGUCGCAAGUGUACGCGGUCGACCGCGUGUACGGCGACCUGCAGCAGCAGUUCGUGGCCAAAGACGUGCUCAAGGCGCUGGCCCAGCUAGAUGCUGUCGUAGGGGACGUGUUCAACCGCUUGGUGCACAAAGUUGCACAGGAGAAGGAGCGCGUGGCCGCUGUUGACGCCCGGAUUCAAGUGUGUCAAGCCAAAGUGAACGCGCUGACAGCGCGACGCACGAGCAACAAGCCUACGACCGUGUUCUCCACCUCCAAAUACCCGGCCCCAAAGAACCUGCCGCUAUCCAAGACGUUGUUCUGCGACAAGCCGUACGCUGACGCACCUCCGCUUGUGUCCGAUGCAGACGACGACACGCACUUCUUGCCAGCAGAUCCGCUGCCUCCAGCGCAACGGGGGCAACAUAUGGCUGAGGUGGCGGAGCUGUUUGAGAAGGUGAAUGAGUACCAGAAGACGCAUCAGCCGGAGGUGGAUAUGGAGACAGAAGGACUGGGUAGACUGCCCGAGUAUAUUCCAUCAGUCGGCAGCGUGCUGCUGUUUAACUCGGGAGAGAACCCGUAUCAGAAGUAUACGUCGUGGGACAAUUUAUUGGGCACGGACUACGAAGAAGAAGAGGAAAAGCAGAAGGAGCUGGCUAAGGCACCGCGUACUAUCGAGUAUGGCGACGAACUGCCGGCGGUGCAUGGACUUAACUAUGAAUUCCAUCCGUCGAUGGGUAUCAUGCCGGACAUGUCAGCGAAGUUACCGACGAACUUACCGCUCGAGAAUAUUGCUGACUACAAGUACGCGCAAGAGGCUACCACGUCUAUUGCACCUUCAAUGUUUCAGGAUAAGGCACUACCUGAUCUGCCUGCGAUCACGAACUUUGCCGAGGGGCCUGCAGCUUUGGAACCUUCAGAGCCAAUCUCCCUGGUUGGCCCGGUGGACAGCACUACCCCACCACCCCCACCGGCACCCGUCGUUGACCUUACAGUAUUCGACGAUAGCGCUCCACCCCCGCCGCCGCCUCCCCCACAGGUUGACGAAGACGAUGACUCUGUCCCACCUCCACCUCCGCCACCGACAGCGAAUAAUGAGGAUCUGGACGCACCACCACCACCUCCUCCACCACUAGAGGUCAACUCCCCACCGCCAGCCCCGAAAGAAAAAGACAGCCAACCGAAAGUUGUCAGUUUGUUGGAUCAGAUUCGAAACCCCGCGGUCAAACUCCGAAAGGUGGACCCGAGCGAAAAUAAGUCUGAACCCGUUGCGAAGGUCGGAGAGAACGCUAGUAAGCCAUUGACCAUUGCUGAAGAAAUGCAGCAGCGCAUGCUACGGCGGCAGGCUGCCAUCAGUGGUAAGCAAGACCAAAUGGAGCAGAGACGCGAGCGAGAAAAAGCUGCCACGAAACCGGUGACCGUACUGACUGCAAAGGAAGUAACUGCCCCGGCCCAACCACCUCCACCCCCACCUCCGUCUGAUGACGGACAGCAACACAGUCAAUUACCUCCGCUGACUAUGUCAGACGAUGGUAGCGACGAUGAUCGUGGGCGCUUUUCUGAUGAGGACAAGUCGAACGACGGUGACGACUUCCUGGCCCAAAUCCGGAACAUCAAGAAGAAACAGGAGGGAGGUGAUCAAAGUGCUACCCACCCCAGGCAGCCCCCGAAAACGGAAGCAAUUAACAACCCGGUGGCGAAUUUUGAGUCGCAAAUGAUUGGACUGCGAAACCGCGACGACUCCUUGAGCAUGUCCGAAGCUUCUGACUGGUCGGAUGAUUGA